ACCAAUCAAAAUCAAAUUCAAAUUCCACAAAGGAGAGAUUCUCCAGUUAUAAACAUAGUUUCGAGCGCAAUGUUUGGUCUUCUGGCAGGUAGAGGAUUCCUGACCCUGCCACGCGCUGGCCUACUGGGACCACGACGCACCAAGCUGGAUGCCGGCAACAUGUACGACAAGAUGAAGUUUGAGUUCACGAAGGAGAACCAGGCUCGAAUCGCCUCCAUGCUCACUUGGUAUCCGGCGGAGGAGCGGCGGGGGGCACUGCUGCCGCUGCUGGACAUUGCACAGCGCCAGCACGGCUGGCUGCCCAUCACAGCCGUCGUGGCAGUCGCCGAGCUGCUCAAGAUCGAUCCCAUGAAGGCCUACGAGACGGCCAAGUACUACACCAUGUUCUACAUGAAGCCGCGCGGCAAGUUUGUGGUCUCCGUGUGCACCUCCACGCCGUGUUAUCUGCGCGGCGGCGACGAACUGCUGAAGGCCUGCUCGAAGAUGCUGCGCCUGCAGCCCGGCGAGACCAGCAAGGACAUGCAGUUCACGCUGAAGGGCGACUACUGCCUGGGCGCCUGUGUCAAUGCGCCCGUGGCGAGCGUCAACGAUGAUCUGUACGAGGAUCUCACCGAGGUGAGCUUCGAGUCCAUUUUGAGUGACUUAAAGUGCGGCAGAGUGCCGCCCGCGGGCCCGUGUUCCGGUCGCUGUUCCAGCGAACCCAUCGAUGGGCAGACGACGCUGCUGAUGGAGCCACCGCCAGCUGGCUAUGGGAUGCGGGAUUUGGAUGAUCCUGGCAAGAAAUGCAAGUAGCCAGAGCCACAUCCUUUACUCUGUUUUAAAGCAAUAAA